UAUAUUUAUAUUAUAUUAUAUAUAUAUAUUAUGAAUAUAUAUUAUAUUAUAAUAUAUUAUUAGCAAAUGUAUUAUUUAUUGUAUAAUAUCUGGUGUAAUGUAAUCACUGUAACACAUUUCCCUUCCAUCCAUAGGGAGUAGAGGCCAAUCAAGAAGGAGUCCUGUAGGAAAACAAACAAUGUGAUUGGCUGAGACGCGGCCGUCGGUUUCAAGGCGCCCCUCGUCCUGGGUGUCGGUGCCGGUGGGGGUCUUGUGAAUGGAGGAAUGGAGGAGGGGGCGCCUUGAAACCGGUGGAAUCUGCACGGAGCUCUCUGGACUUCCAACCGCUCAGUGAACCGCCGCUCCGCGUCGAAGUCAAGUCGGACAAAAACCAUGGAAAUAUGAGCCUUUUUCUUUACUUUUAAACGCGUCUUUUUUGCGUUAAAGUAACUACGUACGUGCUAAACGAGCUGGGAUAACUUGCUGUUGAAUUACGUCGAGAAAAAUGGGACUUUAAAGUGUUUUUAUCCAGAGAGAGAAGGAGAGAGAGAGAGUGGAAGAGUGCUGCUUCUUGGAGGAGUCAGUUUACAAAAGACCAUGAAGAAGAAGUCACGUUUCUGUUGGAUUAAUCAUUAAAACACGUGGGAAAAACACGGUUAAUUGAUUGCACCUCGAAGUACUCGGACUACAAGAUAAGUGGCGACACAAUUAAUGUAGAUUUUUAUAGUUUUUUAACCCGUUUUCAAAGUACUUGGAUCAAAGUUUUCCCCUCCUCCUCCUCCUCCUCCUCCUCAACUAUGGCGGCCUGCAGGUCCACCACUGUGUUGCUGCGGAUCAUGUGGCUGCUCUCCACUUCUUUUGCUCAACAUUACAACAGUGAAAGCGGGAUAUCGGUGCCAGAACACGGCUUCUGCCAGCCCAUCUCCAUCCCUCUGUGCACCGACAUCGCCUACAACCAGACCAUCAUGCCGAACCUGCUGGGCCACACGAACCAGGAGGACGCCGGACUAGAAGUGCACCAGUUCUACCCUCUUGUUAAGGUCCAAUGCAGUGCAGAUUUAAAGUUCUUCCUGUGCUCCAUGUAUGCACCGGUCUGCACGGUUCUGGAGCAAGCAAUCCCACCGUGUAGAUCCUUAUGUGAGAGAGCACGCCAAGGAUGUGAAGCCCUCAUGAAUAAGUUCGGGUUCCAGUGGCCAGAGAGGCUCAGAUGUGAGGCGUUUCCAGUGCACGGUGCUGGAGAGAUCUGCGUGGGUCAGAACACAUCCGAACCAAGCAGCCCUGCUUCGUCAUCAUCUCCAUAUUCACCAGAACAUCUCACCCUCCCACCAAACAUGGGCAAACCCAACCUCAACCCGAACCAGCCCAAGCACAACCAGAACCACCAGUUCUCCUGCCCUCUCCAGCUGGAGGUGCCUACCUAUCUGGGGUACAAAUUCAUGGGUGUGAAUGACUGUGGAGCUCCAUGUGAGCCCACAAAACCAACAGGCAUCAUGUAUUUCCGUGAGGAUGAGGUGAAAUUCGGACGUUUAUGGGUCGGGAUCUGGUCCAUCCUUUGCUGUGUGAGCACCUUAUUCACUGUGCUCACAUACCUAGUGGACAUGAGGCGGUUCCGAUACCCAGAGAGGCCAAUCAUCUUCCUAUCUGGGUGUUAUUUCAUGGUGGCUGUUGCUUAUGCUGCUGGGUUCUUCCUGGAGGACAAAGUAGUGUGUGUGGAUAAAUUCAAAGAGGAUGGCUACAGGACUGUAGCUCAGGGGACUAAAAAAGAAGGCUGCACCAUCCUCUUCAUGGUGCUGUACUUUUUUGGUAUGGCCAGCUCCAUCUGGUGGGUGAUUUUAUCCCUCACUUGGUUCCUCUCUGCAGGCAUGAAGUGGGGCCAUGAGGCGAUUGAAGCUAACUCCCAGUACUUCCACUUGGCAGCCUGGGCAGUCCCAGCUAUUAAAACCAUCACCAUCCUCGCCAUGGGCCAGGUGGAUGGAGACGUCCUCACAGGUGUGUGCUUUGUUGGCAUCUUCAAUGUUGACGCACUCAGAGGCUUCGUGUUGGCUCCUCUGUUCGUCUACUUGUUCAUCGGCACCUCCUUUUUGCUUGCUGGCUUCGUGAGCCUCUUUCGGAUCCGCACCAUCAUGAAACACGACGGCACCAAGACGGAGAAGCUGGAGAAGCUGAUGGUGCGGAUCGGUGUGUUUUCUGUCCUCUACACGGUACCGGCUACUAUUGUGAUCGCUUGUUACUUCUACGAGCAGGCCUUCAGGGAGCACUGGCAGCGGACCUGGCACAUGCAGACCUGCAAGCGGUUCGCCGUCCCAUGCCCGGUGCACAACUUCGCCCCCAUGACCCCGGACUUCACCGUGUUCAUGAUCAAAUACCUGAUGACCAUGAUAGUCGGGAUCACGUCCGGUUUCUGGGUCUGGUCCGGGAAGACGCUUCAGUCGUGGCGGAGGUUCUACAAGCGCCUUAGCAACGGUAACCAUGGAGAGACAACAGUGUAAAGUUUUGGUAGGAAAGAAAAAAGAUUUAAAGGUCCCAUAUUGUAAAAAAAAAGAAGUGAGAUUUUCAGGUUUUUUAUAUUAUAAAGCAGGUUAAAGUGCGAUAUAAA